UCUGUGGAGCAGUGGUGUUUCACAAUCUUUUUGCCAUCUUUUCUGCUGACUCGAGUCAUCAGCAUUUUCACUACUAUGACAGCUAACAGCAAAAACCAACACAAGACCGACGUCCAAACCAAUCACCGCUCUCCUCUUGCUGGAUUUUCCGUUGCUUGAAUGAGGAACAUGGAAAAGAAGAAGAAACGAGAGACGAAGCAAAAGAAGAUGGGAAGAUCACCAUGUUGUGAUAAAGAGGCAGUGAAGAAAGGGGCAUGGAGUCCUGAAGAGGACAAGACUCUUGUUGACUACAUCAACAAGAAUGGGCAUGGUACCUGGCGAUCCCUCCCUAAACUUGCAGGUCUCCUUCGAUGUGGCAAGAGCUGCCGACUUCGGUGGACAAAUUAUCUCCGUCCUGGUAUUAAACGUGGUCCAUUCUGUCCCGAGGAAGAAGCUUCUAUCAUGCAGCUGCAUACCAUGCUAGGCAACAAAUGGGCAGCUAUAGCUUCUCACUUACCUGGAAGAACAGACAAUGAAAUCAAGAACUUCUGGAACUCGCAUCUAAAGAAGCGUGUUAAAGCAAGCCUCGACCAGCCAGAGUCCAUUUUAACAUCUGAUGACUUUGGAUUGGAAACUCCAUCAACUCGCCACAUGGUGCAGUGGGAAAGUGCCAGACUUGAAGCAGAGGCCCGGCUAUCAAUGGAUCCUUUACUCCUGAGCUCAUCAUCAGCAGCUAAAACGGAAUGCGACUACUUCCUUCGUCUUUGGAAUUCUGAAGUUGGAGAAUCAUUUCGUCAAGGAGUCGCUUGUCAGAGUCCUUUGUCUCAAGUGUCAUCAUCCAUAAAAGAUGAAUCAACUUCUGGAGUUACAACACAGACUGAUUCUGCAAGGAUAUUUGGCUCUGCUGAUGCCACUGAAAAUCAGAAGCAGGAAGAGCAUAUGAGCUGCCAUAAUUCAGAAGAGCUGCUUACUGGUUCUGAUUCCUCAAAGUCACAUGAAUUGGAUAAUUCCUCAGAAACAAAGAUGCAGCUACUGCAAGAUUUACCGAAUGGUAAUGAUAUGGAAUUUCUGCAAGAACCUAUUGAUGAUGUCUCCAUGUACCUGCAAGAACCAAUUUCACUGACUGACUGCUAUCCUUGGAAACAAUUAUAGUUGUGGUUAUAGCAACUUACAUCUGAAAAACUGCUGCAGUAAUUAUUUACAUGUUUUGCUAAUUACAGCCGCUGGCUGUUUAAAACUCUAAAUCAAGGAGCUCUAGUCCCAGAGGACAGUAAAUCAGGUAGCAAACCAAACAGUUUUGGCAAUUUGUAUAUGUACUGGGUUUUGGAAAAGGCAGAAAAACUUCUUUC